GUAAUUUCAUAGUUAUUUAUCAAUCAGAGCAACGGAUUUUGGUUCGGUUACAUGAUUAACCGGUCCGAAAUCCGUUUCCGUGAUUUUUUGACGUUUAGCCGCCUAACAGAUUGAGUGAAGAUUCACAUGAAAAGUGCUAAAGAAGAUCCCGGUAUAGGCCAUUACUCGCUUUUCUCUUUCUCUCUCUCUUUUUCCUCUCUUUUAUAGUCUUCUCCUGAUAUAUUAUAAAUAAAAAUGGCACCUCUUCCUAGUGGACCUAUCGAUCCUAACGCGCCCGUUCAACGCAAAUCCGUAUCAUGGAACAACUUACUUCUUGGAGCCACCCUCAACCUGUUUGAAGUAUCUACGCUCGGCCAACCCUUUGAAGUGUUAAAGACACAGAUGGCAGCCAACCGUGGCCAAUCUAUGGCUACUGCUGCUAAGGCUGUUUGGCAGCGUGGCGGUCCAUUGGGCUUUUUCCAGGGCUUGAUCCCAUGGGCCUGGAUUGAAGCAUCGACAAAGGGUGCCGUACUUUUGUUUACGGCCUCUGAAUUCGAAUAUCGAUCACGCGAAGCUGGUGCAUCUCCAUUUGUGGCUGGUCUUGUUGGAGGCAUGACGGGUGGUAUCGCUCAAGCCUAUUCGACAAUGGGUUUCUGUACAUUCAUGAAGACUGUUGAAGUGACGCGCCACAAGUCAGCUGCCAAGGAAUCUACAUUCAAGGUUGCUUCGGAUAUCUUUAAGCGUGAAGGCUUCCGUGGAAUCAACAAGGGCGUGAAUGCAGUUGCUGUGCGUCAAUGCACAAACUGGGCUUCACGUUUUGGUUUUGCACGCUGGGCUCAGGAUACCAUUGUGCGCGUUCGCUAUGGUGAAGAUUCCAAGAUGAAGCCCACUGCUGUGGAUCGUGUGCUUUCGUCUAUGGUUGGUGGUGCUCUCUCAUGCUGGAAUCAACCGAUUGAGGUCAUUCGUGUCGAAUUACAGAGUCAAAUCAAAACACCCGGCCGCCCUGAAAAGAUGGACAUUGCCUCGGCAGCCAAGUGGAUCUACAAGAACAGUGGCGCAAAGGGCUUCUAUAAGGGUGUUGUACCGCGUAUUGGCCUUGGCAUGUGGCAAACGGUCUGCAUGGUCACGAUCGGUGACAGUCUUCGUGAAUACUUUGGCACAAACUAGACGAUAUGGCAAUAAUAGAGCUUUCUUUCAUUCUCCUCUGCCAUAUAUUUUUCUGCACGGUUAAAAUACCAGCAUCUUUUCAUAGAUAUUCCAUUCACAAACAUUGUCAAAUGAAAAAAGAGAACCAUUAUUGAACCAUGCUACGCGUGUAUAUUUUAAACUCAUGGAAGAUUAUUACGUACCACAAUUGAUUAAAAGCAUAUUACUGGGCUCGCUAGAGGAGUGCUAGAUAUGAGGUCCCAAAAUAAUGAUAAGCACAGUCUUAAUAAUUGCAAUGUGCAUAUUGAAAAAUAGAUCUGUGCAUGAUAUGCAGCGUUGCUAAACAAAUGCUGCAAUGUCAUGCAAUAUUAAGUGUCUGAGCGGGAUGGCGGAACCUUUUCGGACCGAC